AAUAGAAUAGAAUAGAAUAGAAUAGAAUAGAAUAGAAUAGAAAACUUUAAUUGUUUGGGGUUUUUUUUAAAGGAAGAAAAUGUUCAAUCUAAAAAGCUCUUAAUAGAAUCCAGUAUAGUCACCUGUUUUGACAGCUGGCCGGCCCUGUUUGACAAGUUACUCCAUGUCGCCAACACCCAUAACCAAUAGCAAAGAAAGCUGAUAAGGAAACAGCAGUUUGGAGAGCACUGCGAUUUACUGUCAAACUACUGGAUAGACGGCUCCCCACUCUUUUCAUGGCCCUUCAGAAGGAGAACAACCAGGAGGACACGCGGGAAUGUCCGGUGUGCUACGACAGUCUCGCGGGCAUUGAGAGGACUCUGAGCUGCGGACAUGUCUUCUGUCACGACUGCCUGGUCAAGACGCUGGUAAGCAUCAACGGCGACGGGAACAUCCGAGACACCAUCGCCUGCCCCGUCUGUCGACACCUGACGUUCAUCACGAGACAGAGCGAGGCGCUGCAGCCGCUCUUAGAGAAAAAGGAUCCGAACGAGGGGCAGACCCUGGAGGUACCUCUCCCCGUGACACAGGGAGGACAGCUCCAGAGCGCGCGGCGUGUCUCCAGAGACGCCUUGCUGAGCGGAUCCAGUAGGAUUACCCUCCUCUUCUGCAAGUGCAUCUCUUGGAAGCAUCAACAGCAGAGAACAAUCAGUUCCAGCCCAAACGCACAUCAGGUUUUCAUCAUAAGCGCCCAGGGAAGACCCAUGACUGAGGAAGACGCGCUGGAUGUUGUUCUGACUGUAGUGAAUCCUCAGCGCAGGAGAAGACGCACCGGCUGCGUUUGCACGACGGCGCGAUGUCUGGUCUUCUUGCUGUCGACGUUUACGGCUCUGGCACUGGUGACUUUAACUUUACCCUGGAUAUUACUGGCAUAACUCCACUUGUGAGGACUUUUAGUCCAUAUUGAAGUGACAAGACGUUUUUACGCAAUCUUUCCAACACUUAAAGCUAAAGGGUAUUAAGUUGAAAUUAUUUUUAUUUUUGUAAAGAUGUGACUAAGUACUUACCUUUUUGACUGACUCAGUAAUGGAAAACUUUUGUGAUCACAGUCCGAUUAUGUGCACAGAUAAUAAAUAAUGAUUCUUAUAAGGUUUGAUCUCUCAUCAGUCUAUCUGAAGACAUUUUUAAUCAGUUUUUAUUAUGUUUAUGUUUGGUUCAGAGGAAAAAAGCUAUGCAAAAAAUUCUAACUUUUUUGUUUUUGAUGAUCAAGGAGAGAGAUAACAUGUUCUUGCAAAUGAUAAGUGGAAACGUUUAAAGAUGAUCUCACUGAGUUGCUGUGUUUUUGUGCUGCUUGUUUGGGGAAGCUCAAAAAUGUUGGUAUCACCACCAUCCUGCCUGACGUGAACACUCCUAGUUUCAUCUUCAGCCAUCCCUGAUCGACCUGUCUUACAGGUUUCACACCUAAAAUAUGCUUUCCUCCUCACGGUAACCUAAUUUUUACUCAAUAUUUCUAUACUACAUAUAGGACGUAUCUCUUAAGAUACUCUUUUAGUGCGCUCUUAUGUAGACAGUCACACCCAUAAAGUCGUAAAUGCAAAAAAAAAUGUAGAUAAGAAUCCGUGUGUCUGCUAGAAUACAUUUAAAGUACGACAUUUUGAACUUUUUUAUAAAUGAACACUUAUAUUUUUGCAUUAUUUGACCUGUAAUGAGGUGACUCAAGCAUUGAUGCUACAUAAAAUAUAAAAAAGUGUUAAUGAAAAAAGUAAAAUGCACCUAAAACAGAAAUGAAUCCACAUUAACCAGGUACGAUUAUUAAAAAUGUAAAGUUUAAUAUAUAUAUUUAGUUCUGACAUUCUGAUAAGGAUUGCAGGUAGGCUUCACAGUACACACUGUGUUCCACUCGAUAUGCUAAGCAGGAAGGGAGAGGGGGUGGGCUCGACAAGUGGCAGAUUUUAUUUGUACAAUAGUUGUGAAAGCAGAAGGAGGCAGUACAUCCAUAGGCAACUUCCAGUCCUUCACUGUAUUGCUCUGAAACCCCCAGGAGAAGGACCAUCCACUGCGCCCCCACACUCCCUUAAACCCAUCUUUUCUUCAUUCCCCCAAACAAUCCUUCAAAAUAGUGAUUGACACAAACAUGAACUAUCAAAAGACUAUCUAAGAAGUACAUGCAUGAAACUGUUUUAUCCUUGGAUUUGAACUCUAAAUAAACCGGACUGAAGCAACAUUGGUGAGAUGAUCAAUAAAAAGCCAAUAGUUAUUAAAAAGCAAGCUAAAACUAUGAACCGGUGAACUAUUUGGUUCAAAUAUGGAUAUUUUCUGUCAAGUUUUUAGCUGAAAUUAGAUAUCACUCCCACUUUUUGGAGGAGUUUGUCUUCUAGCAGCAUGAUAACCACACCUAAUAUGAAUAUGAAAGCAUGCCUUCAGUUAGCUGCAAGUUUCAGAUAUGAUGCACAAAAGCAUUAAGAUUGCCAUGAUUUU